AUGCACGCACGCGUGGCGCUGCUUCUGUGGCUGCCACUAUUAGCCUGUUGUCUGCUCAAUAAAUUACUGCUGUGCUUCUCCUGCCGCCACCACCCUGAACCUCAGACUCUGGUAGAUGUCUUAGACCCGGGCCAUCUCGAGGAACUUCGCGAAGGGGAGUCGCGCGAGCUGAAGAGGGUUCCCCGCCUUGUGAAGAAGGCUGUGCGGAGGAAGAGGCGUGUGAAGGAUGUCACAAAUAUCCUUGAGCACACCUCGAUCCUCAAGCCUGAGUUCGUCAAAGGGCUCGUCGGUCUUCUGUCUCCGGACAACGCGGUCAACGGUACGGUAUCGGGGAGAGAUUCACCUCUUCCUGAAUCGGCGAACGUGGACCCUGCAGCGUUCACGGAGGACGAGGAAGGGCCGCCUUUUGGUAUGCAUUCCACACCCAAGGAAAUUCCCUCACCACCCGACCACCCGGGAGGUAAACAGCUGGUGCUCUAUCAGCCUCUGCCGUUUGGGAUGAUCGUCCAAGACACGGAGGGUGCUGACGGCGGCGAGUCCCGGAAUGGGGGGUCGCGCAAUCCCAAAGGAGGUAAAGAGCUGAUGCUCUACCGGCCCUCGCCGUUCGGGAUGGUCGUCCGAGACAUGGCGGGUGCUGACGGCGGCGAGUCCUGGGAUGGGGGGUCGGCACGUGCGGUCGUGUCCGAUGCGAUGGGAACGUCGAAUUGGGUGCUGGAAGGCCCACCCUCGCACAUAGCGGUCGUGGAUUCGGACGAUGGUGCUGAAGACGAACAACAUCCCCUUACCAAGCCUCCUCAUGUGGAGUCGGUGACGCUCGAAACUGUGCUCGACUCCGCGCAGCCGGACGACAACGGCCUUUCAUCGGCACGAGAGGUGUCUCCGGCUCUGGUUCGCUGGGGCGACAGGCGAAUCACACAGCCGCAUCCGGCCGUGGUUGGCGUGGUGUCCGCUAUUAUUGCCGGAGCAGUAGUCCUGUUAUUACGUCAGUGGCGCGCACGGCGGACGCGUCUUCGGCGACAGGCGCUGGGCCUUGCUCGACAGGACGCGCUUCGACGGGUGAUCCUCCGGGACGCGGGCCGAUCGCGCCAGCGGGAGGUCUCCGACUUCUGGCGUUGGCGGCUGGCGACGGCGACAGGAGUUGUGGCCGACCUCCGCGUCCAACACGAGCGAGCGGCGGCGGAGCACGAGGCAGCCCGCGCCGCCGACCGCGAAGCCGCCCAAGAGCGACAAGAAGCGGCGGUGGGGGUGGUGACGGCAAUGGAGACGAGGCGACGCGAGUCGGCCGAGACAGCCCUCGACGAGGCCCGUGAAGCGGCAGCCGCCGACCGGGCGGAGCAGGAAGCCCUUGUUCACUCGACGGAGGGGUCUCUGGUGGAGACGCAGCGGGAGUUGCGUGAGACCAGGCAAGGCGUAACGGAGUCCCAGGGCGUUGUUGAGGAGCUGCAGCAGCAGCUGAAGAAUAUCGAGAAUUUCGUGCACCAAGUGAAAAACAACCGUACCCAGCCAGCCGCAACACCGCACACUCAUGACUUCGCGCUUUCGAACCAAGCGUCAACCUCGGUGGCGCUUAACGUGGUCGUGUUACAGAAGGAAAAUACGCGCAAGGCACAGGAGGCCACCCAGCGUCACCUCCGGCAGAGGAAGCAGGUCCGACACCUCGUGAAGGAGGUGGAGGGCAAGCAGAAGGAGGUAGCGGCGACGAUGCGGGCGCUAACGGAGGCGAGACGUGACGGGGGGUCUCUCCGAACGGAGAGAGAUGGCCUGAGCGCUUCCCUCGCCGCGAAAGAGGGCGCCCUCUCCGCGACACAGGACGGCGCCCGGAUCCAGCGGGAGCAGGCGGUGGCCAAUGCCCGGCAGCUCGAGGGCCAGGUGGAGGAGUUGCAUGAGGCACUAACGCAGGCGCAGCGCCAGGGGGGAUCUCUCCAAAGGCAGCGGAAUGGCCUGAGGGCUGCCGUCUCCGCGAUGGAGGACGUCGCCUGGGAGGACAGGAAUCUGGCGGCAAACACCAUCCAGCGGCUGUCGACGGCGCUGGAGGCCUCGCGCCUGGAAGUCACGGCGGAAGAGGAGGCCACUGCCGAGGCGAGGGCGGAGGCGGAGGAGCUGCGGCUGCAGCUGGAAGAGGCGUUGCAGGCGUUGACGGAGAGGCAGCGUGAGGCCGAUUCGUCGUCGGUAGAAAUGGCGUCUGUUCGAACAGAGAGGGAUGGCCUGAGGGUCACCCUCUUCGCAGCAGAGGGUCGAGCGGGGCAGUCGGUGGCCAAGGUCGGGCAGCUUGAGGGCCAGGUGGAAGAGCUGCGGGCAGCGCUGGAGGCCGCGCACCUGGAAGGCACGACGGGAGAGGUCGCCAUUGCCAGUACGAGGGCAGAGGCGGAGAAGCUGCGGAAGGAGCUGGCCUCACAGAAGGAUGGAUCUAGAUUCCAGCUCCAGCCUGACGUUUUCGACGGUAGCCGUCACCGCCGCCAGCCGCCAGAGCGGGAAGGCCGAGACUUGCAGCUGGCGAGAGGCGCACCGGUGGGUCACUCGACGAAGCGCGACCUGCUGCGCAAGCGCCUUGGCCGGCAUUUUGCGCUUGGCUGGGUGAUCCAGCGGGUCGCCCGCUCUCACCAGCGACAGAUCUCGGCCUUCUGGCGCUGGAGACUGGCGCCGGCGCCGGCUACCGCCCCAAUCCUGAGGCAGCGGGAAUGGGAGGAGAGCAUCGGGAGCGGAGCUGUGGUCGCGGAGACCGCCCCCAGGAGGCGUGACGCCAGCGCUGAGCCGGCGACCGCCCGGGUCGAAGAAGAACGCCAGGAACCGCCGGACACAGCAACAGGUUCCGACAGCAGUGCCACCGCCACCGCCACCGCCCCCCAAGCCGCGGUGACCACGCUUGCCGCCGACCUCCGAACCCAACCCGAGUCGGCGGCGUCGGACGACGCCAGGGAGGAGAAAGGGGAGGCCCCGCACUGCGGGACGCGGACGGUGGCGGAUAGGGUCCAGCAUCUCGAGCGGCGGGAGGAGGAGGUCCGCAGCCAGAGGGAGGACGAGAAGGCUCGCGGGAAGGCGCCGUCAGGACAGCGGGAGGGGCUGAGGACGGCGGCGCAGGAGAACGCGAAGCAGGCGCCGAGCGGGAGGACACCCGAGGAUGGUGCUGGUGCUGGUUCUAGUGAUGGUGGUGGUGACGAUGGUGGUGAUGGACUGAGGGCAUCCGUCUUGAAAGAGGAGAGCUCGGACCGGUUCGCCUCGGCACCAGCACCGGCGCCGUCGCCCGUGUGCCGUGGACACUCAUCCCCCCGAACAGGGGAGACUGGGUUCGCCGCGGCCAGGGGCGGAGGCGGGGCCGGCUGUGUGCCCGAUGCCACCCGGCAAACGAAGGGUGGAGAGACGCCGAUGACGGGCUCGUCGGCACCGCCCAUGAAUGAUAUUCGCGGCUCUUCGCCCCAAGUAUUGGAGGGCUUGUCCGCGUCCAACAUGACGUCGGCGACGGGCGACUCAGAGCUCCAGGGACCGCCAUCAGCUGCCGCCUCGUCGUCAAACAUGAAUGACCUCGGCGACACGCUUCCUGAGAGAGCGGGGAACGGGUCCCACGCUGGCAUUGACGGGGACAGGACUGGUUCCCGGCCGGAAGCCAUCCGCACGUCGGACCUCCGGCUGCCGUACCAAGGGGAGACAGCGGAUGCAGUCCGGGACUUCUUGCCGUUCUUUCGGGACCACUUCGAUGUGACCAUCCGGAAUGUUCCCUCGGAGUCUGCAGUGUGCAUCGGGAAGGCUCCCGACGGGGUGGUUAACGUGGCCGCCGAGUGCUUCGAGCAUGGCCUUCGCCUUUGUCGCGAUAACGAUGUGAAGGCCGCGGAUUUCCUUCUUCUGCGAGCCCGUGUCCGCUCGACACGUGACCCAGACGGCUCGCAGUACUUGCUGCCGUUGGAGGUCAGCGCCAAGCUGCGCAGGAAACUUCGUGAUCUGGGCGACCGGUACGGAGUUGUGAUCAACGGCGUACCGUCGAGAUCGGAGGGGCUUGGGUCUGGAGGUGGCGGCGGCGGCGGCGGUGGGCUACCAAAGUACGUCUGUUGUCCCAGGGUGGACACCGAAGACAACACACAAGACCAUCGCAAGGUUGUGCAGAUCUGGGGUCUGCGGAACUGUGUUGUCGGCGCCUUUGACCGCGUGGUGGCCAGCUUGUUAGACAACACGGAGUACGUCGUCAAGCUUGGUCCCGUGGGUGCUGACGAGCUUAAAGGACUUAGAUUCAAGGGAAAGAAUGUGAACUGCUUCACCGAAGGGGGCGUCACAGAGGUACGGAUCUCGGGCAGACCUCACCUUGCCGACGCAAAUAUCAGCACAGUCCUGCAGUCCAUGCCGGAGGUCCUGCCAGAUCAAGUGCAAUGCGUGGACAUGAAGUGUACCGGCGCCAUGCGAGCUUUCAGCAGGCCCUGGGCUAUCGAUGAGAUCGCGCGAGCCAGCGGCAUCGACCAAUCGCAAGUCAGAGUCACUCCGCAAUGGCAGAACAAGUGCAUGCUGCUGCAGGUGCUGAAGCUCGGUGGCGACCGUGGGGCGAUCCAGGGGAUGUCGGCAUACCUCAAUCUUAAGGGACUGAAUGAGAUUCGGUGCACCUUCCUCGAGGGCCGGGUGAAGGAGUGGCGGGGGCGACGCUUGGUCGUUACCCUUACGGCCGAAAUCAUCGACAAGGCCAGAAAGUGUUUUUUUUCAAGCGGAAGUGCUGGCGAGUUCCACUUUUGCAGCUUUUUCGUGGCCUCGCUGUCGGAGGAGAUCGGAGAGGACCUAUGGCUGGACGGCUUCCAGCUGACGGCCCGAGCCGACCCCGAUGACCGAGACAGCGCCCAGGCCAAGCUGGAGACGAUGCAAUCGGUGGUGGUGGUGGUGGUGGAGAAGGAGGAGGAGGUGAUGGUGCAGGAGGAGGUGCUGAUGGAGGAGGUGAUGGUGACCAUGGAGGAGGAGGUGAUGGUGACCAUGGUGGAGGAGGAGGUGGUGAUGGAGGGGGUGAUGGUCGAGGUGGUGGAGGAGAUCCAGGCUGUGGAGAUGGCGAUCAUGGUGGUGGUGGAGGUCGAGGUGGUCGAGGUGGAGGAGGACGUGAUGGUGCCCAUGAUGGCGCAGGAGGUGAUGAUGAUGACCAUGGUGGAGGAGGAGGCGAUGGUGCCCAUGGUGGAAGCGGUGGAGGUCGAGGUGGUGGUGGUCGUGAUGGUGGUCGUGGUCGAGGUGGUGGUCGUGGUGGCUACCGGUUGAGCUGGCAGAUGCGGACUGCGUGGAGGUGGAUUGGGGCUGAAAACACCGUGGAGCAGCAGCAGUUGGCGUCCCCCCCUAGGGGUGCUAGCAGGACCUACAGGGGUGGUCGUAGUGGUGGUCGUGGUCGUGGUGGUGGGUUACAUUAAACUGGACAUCAGUGUGCGCACAUUGAUUGCUCGCGACGUGGGUCUACUUUGCACGACUCUCACUGGUGUCGCCGGUGGUGACGUUAUUUUAUGCGGGUGGUGCAUCACGCACAUCCAACGCCGCUGUUUUUGCGGUUAGUCCGUUCGGGAGAGGCAGACUGGAAAGCUCGACCCCACGGAACGUAGCCACCUAACCAGCCAGCAUGCGACACCCGCCUAUCAAUGCGUCAC